CACACGGGUGCACACACAUGCACACACGGUAUCUUAUGUGAGAGUCGACCGCUUUCCCUUUCUUUCCUAAGCUACAGGUCUCACCUUUUCACUUACGGGAAGCCUUUUAAAGCUUGACCUUUUGUUGUUUCCAAGUCUCCUCCCCUCCUCUUGCCCUUUGGGGCCAUUCGUAGUUAAAACAAGGGUCAUUAGAACACAGGCACUCACUGCAGCGACAGUCUAACCCAAAUACCUCAGUGACCACAUGGGCAGCUGGCCAGUAUGGCGUGAGACACUGGGCAAACAUAAUUCACACCUCGGUGUGGUGAUACAUUGUGCACCCCAAUAAAGCUUGCCUGGGGAUCAGAGGACAAAGCCAGCCACUGCAUUAAACGUGGAAGUCAGGCAGUGGUGGCGCACGCCUUUAAUCCUAGCAUUCGGGAGGCAGAGGCAGGCGGAUCUCUGUGAGUUCAAGGCCACACUGGGAACAUAGCCAGGCAUGGAGUAACACACCUUUAAUCCCAGCACUAGGAAGGAAGGAGGAUGGCAGGGCACAGAAAGGUAUACAAGCGUGAGUAAACAGGAAGUCGAGUAAACAGGAAGUCUCUCUCUUAAAGCUGAGGAUUUUGUAGAGGUAAGAACUUUGUGGCUGGCUUGUUCUGUUUCUCUGAUCUUUCAGCUUUCACCCCAGUAUCUGGCUCCAGGUUUUCUAUUAAUAAGACGGUUUACCAAUUCGUUUUACAUCUCCGGCAGGAUGGAGUGAGGUAAGCCUCACAGGAGGCUUGUUAUGCUGGUGUGGUGGCCCACACCUGUAGCCCCAGCACUCAGGAGUGAGGCAGGAGGACCACAGAAUUCGAGGCCAGCCUGGGCUACAUAGUGAGACCAGGUCUGCCCUCCCUAAGCCUUGGGUUCAAUUCCCCGCACCAAAUGAAUCAGGCACAAUGGAGCCUCAGCACUGUAAUCUCAGUACUCUUUGUGGAGGCUUGAGGUGAUUUCCAGGCCAGCCUGCGCUACAGAGUGAGACCCUGUUUCAACCCCUCUUGCAAAGUCUUGGGUUCAGUCCCCAGCACGGGGUAAACCAGGUAUGAUGGUGCUUGCCUGUAAUCCCAGCACUGAUCAGAAGUUCAAGGUCAUCUUCAGAUGCAUAGUGAGUUCUAGGCCAGCCUGGGGUGCAUGAGACUCUGUCUCUGCCCCAUCCCAAACAACACGACAAAAUAUGUCCCCCCCAAUAUUGUUUAUUUCUGUAAUUUUCUACUGGGUAUUUGCGGGCUGAAGUUGAUUCCUAGUACUGACCUCUGGAAGAUGAAACCUAAGGGAGGCCCGUUGGAAUUUGUAGCCUGUGUUCCCUGCGAUUCGGCCUCGUUAUGGCGUUCUGCCGCCAGGCGGCGCCGCUCUGGAGAGCCAGACAGCCACCUGCUGGAGCAGGACCUUCCACCAGGAGGCGGAGGUCCAGAGCCGCCCUUCCCGGCCCAGCCGCCUCCGCCCGGCUGGCCCAGAGUCAAGUCUUCAAGAGGUGGCUGGCCCCAAGUCUCUCCUCAGCGACUGAUGAUGUCGAACUCUACACUUCUGUGAUUGGUUUAGCCGAAACGAGACAGCCAGCAAUUGGAGAUGCUCUGUGGAAACGUGAUGUGGAUCUGGAAGGGAGCUGGGCACCCGGGACUCGGUGGCAGCUCCCAUUUACUGAGGGUGUGAAGGUAUGGACCAUGAGCAGAAGCCAGGAGCCGGGCUGCUGCAGCUGCUGCAGUUUCUGUGGCUGCUCCCCCAUGCCUGGGCGGUGCCCGAAGCUCCUCCUCCUCCGGUGUGGUGGGAUGGCCUGCAGAACCACACCUUCCGGCACACUGUGUUCUGCCAGGUCGGGAAUCCCAGCAUAGGGCUCUCUGAGUCCUACGACGAGGACCAGCUCUUCACCUACGACUUCUCCCGGAACUCCCGAGUACCCCGGCUGCCUGACUUUGCAGGCUGGGCUCAGGAACAGGGAGACGCCUCUGCCAUUUUAUUUGACAAGAACUUCUGUGAGAUGUUGGUCCAGCAAGUGGGCCCGAAGUUUGAAGGGAAAAUCCCAGUGUCCAGAGGUUUGCCUGUGCCUGAGGUGUUCACACUGAAGCCCCUGGAGUUUGGCAAGCCCAACACGCUGGUCUGCUUCAUCAGCAAUCUCUUCCCGCCGACCUUGACUGUGACCUGGCAGUAUCACUUCAACCCCGUGGGGGGAGCCAGCCCCACGUUCAUCUCGGCCAUUGAUGGGCUCACCUUCCAGGCCUUCUCGUAUUUAAACUUCACACCGGAACCCUAUGACCUUUACUCCUGCCUCGUGACGCACGAGAUUGACAGCUACACACCAGUUGCCCACUGGGUACCCCAGAACGCCCUGCCUUCAGAACUCCUAGAGAAUGUGCUGUGUGGUAUAGCCUUUGGCCUAGGUGUGCUGGGCAUCAUCAUGGGCAUUGCCUUCUUCAUCUGGUCCCAGAAGCCUUGCUCAGUCGACUGAUUCUCCACCAGAGCCUGGAACAGCACAGGCCUUGCCCGCAGGGAUGCCCACGCUUCUCCUGCCUGCCCAGGGCCUCUCGUCGGAGCAGGAGUCCCUGGGACUCCGCAGGAUGUGUGCAGUGUGCAGGUGUCUCGGCUGAGGGUCUGCUGUCCCUGGACUUGCACCCAGAACGGCCCGGAUCGGGAGCCCAGGGCAGCACCCACCACCACCUCAUGCCUUCCCACUUCGAAGAAAUAAACCUUAUUUCUUAACAUUA